CCAGUGUUAAUAAAACCUUGCUCGUUUUAUAACACUCAGCGAUCUUCUCUGCGAUCAGACCCAUAGUUUUGUUUGAAUCAAAGCAGAUACCGUACAGUCUAUGCUCUUAAGCUGUGGUUGCACUAACAGGCCUUCAAGACUAAACAGCCCAAAAGAUUGAAGUGUUAUCUAAAACAUGUCGGCAUUGAAGAGAAGCCCCCGAAAUGUCCGCAGUCCGCGCAGCACAGCGGCCAUGGUCAAACACCUGCCGUCUGCGGUGGCCGCCUUACUACAGUCGGGCAAGGGGCCGGCAAAGUUGACCAACGUCGACUCCCCGGACGGGGUAAAGGCGAUGCCCUUAGCCGACUGGCUAUGGGACAAAAGUCAGGUGCAGGCGCAGGCGGCACUCGACACUGACUUCAUCCAGGGCAUCAAGAGUGGUCUUCUGGAUCCCACCAACUACGGUGGCUACACAGUUCAGGACGCCGUGUACUGCCAUAAUGCCACUGACUACUAUGGGAUCGCUGAGUGUAGAGCCACCGAUGAAGACCUAAAGGAAUUCAUUGCCGCACGCGUGAAAAGUUACGCUUCGUACACGGAGAUAAUGUUCAAAGAGUGGUACAUCCAGGACCCGAAAGGGAUUGCCAUGGGAGACGCCGCUGCCUCUUACUCUAAAUUCGAGCUGGACGUGGCUACAAAGGAGGAGCCGUUUUACCUGCUGAUCGCCAUGUUGCCGUGUGAGAAGCUGUGGGAGUGGCUUUCCCAGCAGAUCGAAUCAGGCAUAAACGACACCAACGUGUACAGUUUCUGGAUACAGGAUAACCUGGGGGGCAGCCAUAAACUCGCGACUUACGUCAACGAGAAUGCCGAGAAGUUUGGCGUGGAUCUACCGAAGGCCAUGGACAUCUACCAAAAGGGUAUGCAGUGCGAGGUGGAUUUUUUCACUUCGGGAACAAUCGAGGAGGUAAACUGAAUGGUCUGAACGUUCCAACGUUCCAACUGUGAUGUUGCAACACUCUUAAUUAAUUAAUGCAAAAUUACACAUGAUCGAAACCUACUUGGUGAACGUUAGGCUCCGUCAUUUUUUUGCAUUUCUAUUAAGCGCAAUUGAUACUGGAAUACUCUUGUUUAUAAUGUUUUUUUAGCUCGUGGCAAUUCUAGCAGUUUAUGGUAAUUUUUGGAAAAUCGCGUUUUAUUAGUAGAAUUUAGUAGAGUUUUAUUCGUAGAAUUGAGUGAUUGAGUUUUAAGUGGAAUGUUAUCUGUAACAUAUGAUCAUUAAGUAUGUGCGUAUUAAACCUAUGGACCAAAACCACAACCUGCAGGAUGGACCACUAUGUUGCGAUGUUGCAACACUCUUAAUUAAUUGAAUAAUUAAUUAAUUAAAUAAUGCACAAUUACACAUGAUCUAAACCUACUAAGUAAACGGUUGGCUCUGUCAGAUUUUUGCAUUUAAGCGCAAUUCAUACUGAAACAAUUUUAAAACAACCUUGUGUUUUAGCUCGUGGCAAUUCUAUCAAUUUAUGGCAAAUUUCAGAAAAUGGCUUAUUAUUCGUAAAAUUUAGUGCUUGAGUUUUAAGUGGAAUGUUAUCUGUUACAUGUGACUAUUAAGUAUGUGCGUAUUAAACCUUUGGACAAAAUAAAACCUGGAGGCGUAUUGGUGCGAAUAAAAAAUUAUUAUGUUGAUUGUACACGGUAAAUGGUCUUGGUCAAAAUGCUAAAAAAAUAGAAAGAAAAAAUAGCAACAUGUCACCACCAGCUGACAAUUUGGAGUUUGUGAUUUGUUUUUCCAAAAAUAGUGAUGAUCAGAUAACUGGGUUCGAAUUUUGGAAAUUAUUGCCUCGUCUCUCCAGGCCGUUUAAUCAAACGACUGUUGGAUCAAACGGCACAAUCAAACCUCCCACUACAACCCCCAUUCCGGUGUUGCACAUGUGUUUAUUUAAACCGUUCACGUGGCGACUGCAACCGCACUUUUGACUGGCCACUCCCGAAUCCAUAAGAGCUUGACGAACUGACCAAUCACGGCCUCGACAGUGGUUUGAAAGAGAUCGGUCCAUGCGCGUGAAACGAUUCGACCUGCUUGGAAUGCCACUUCCACAUCUUCUCGCACACAAAAUGUGAACCUCUGUAGCUGCAUUUUUGAGGAAUGUUUCCCAAUUUCGGCUUUCAAAAUUUAAAUGCCACAGUAACGAGAAAUGAGGACCUCUACAGUGAUACCAAACUGAUCCUUUAAUGUGAAGAAAACAAAUACACUGUAGUGCCAACAACUGCGCAGAGAAAAUGAUUGUAGAAAAACAGCUUUGGAAACAAAAUUAUUCGUUUUUUGUGCUACCCAAGAAAAAAAGGUCAUUUUGAACAGGCAAAACAUUUCAAACAAAAUAGCCCCCAGAGAUUUUAUGAGACUCUAAGUUUUAAACAGGCCAAACAUUUAUAUUGAUGCCGACUAGUAGAUUUACUUUGUUUUAUUCUUUGUUUCUACUUAUUUUUGGGGGAAUAUAUGACUUCGAGCAAUAAUUAAUUUGAAUAAAACCAUCCACUCUUACCCUACAAGGCAAACUGACAAAUUCUAUUUAAGAAAAAAAAAAACGCAUUGGCUCUCAAAUCCAUUAGACACGCCGGCCCAGACAUCUGGAACUCUCUGCCCAU